AUGGUACCAGUCCAAGGGCAUUUAUUACCCAUUAAACAAAAUUUAAAACUGUUCUUUGAACUUCCGGGAGUUUAUAAUACAGCCUUAGAGUAUACUGAAAAUGCUAUGAAACAAAAAAAUAUUCUUACAUCGUUUUUAAAUGGUAGUACUUGGAAGACAAUUAAGUGUAAAUUUUUUGAUAAAAUAGUUUUUCCUAUUUUCCUUUACUACGACGAUGCUGAAAUGGGAAAUCCAUUAGGGUCACAUUCAGGAAUUCAUAAAAUGGGAUGUGUAUACUAUUCAGUACCUGCUUUUCCUCCUGAGUAUUUAUCGUCCUUAGAUAACAUAUUUCCCGCCUUUUUAUUUCAUUCUUCGGACAGAGGAAGUUCAAAGUUUAAUAAUAAAAUUAUUUUCGCUUCUCUGAUUAAAGUAUUAAUAGAUUUGCAAGAAAACGGAAUAUCUAUUUCAGUAAAUUCAGUGAAUGUUCAGAAAAAUUCACCACCUGCAAUUAACCAAAAUAAUUUGAAUAAUGGUUGUAUAAUUAUGUCAUCUUCAGAGAUGCUUUGUUUAGUUCGAUAUUUUGGAUUAAUUGUCGGUGAGCUAAUUCCUAUUGAAACUGAAGUUUGGAAAUUAUAUUUAAUGUUACGCCAAAUUGUUGAUAUUUGCUGUUCGAGAAAAAUUCAACCUGAAUGUUCUUUUUUAUUAAACAAUAUAGUUGCUGAACAUAAUCGGCUAUACUUAUUAUUAUCUCAAAGUACUCUAAAACCUAAAUUCCAUUUUUUAACCCAUUAUGGCAGUCUAUUACUUAAAAAUGGGCCUUUAAUAUUGACUUCUUCAAUACGCUUUGAAGCAAAACAUAAAAUUUUAAAAGCUUUUUCAAACUCAAUACCUUGUCGAAUCAACCUUGGUUAUACCCUUACAAAUAAGCUUCAAUUGCAAAUGAUAAAUCGAUAUUUUACACAAACUGGUUUAAGACCAGAUUUAAAAUUAGGUCAAAGUUGUAUUAUUUUCCCAACUGUUGAAAUACCAUCUAGUUUCUUAAAGCAAUUACCUAUUGAAUUAAAAUCAUUUGUAUCAUGGAUGGAUUUUAAAGGUGUAUCCUAUAGAGUUGGUAUGGUUUUAGUAUUAGAAGUAACAUUAGACAGUUUGGAAUUAAAUUCUGGAUUGCAAAUUUUUGGUAGUUAUUUAACUAAUUUGCCAGAUCCAACUCCUACUGUUAUUAGAACUUUAGCUAAUGGAACUCUGUUUGUAUCAUUAAGAUAUGCAUUGUAA